AAGAAUGUAGCAAACAAAUAAAAAAUGAUUAGCAAAAAUGUCGCAGAAUGCAAAAUUACAUACACCAUAGUCGUCAGAUUCCGUUUCUUAGCGGCGAAGAAGAGGGAAAAGAAAAGGAAACUCCAUUUUUCUCUUUUAACUUUUGAAGAAAAAAAUCAUUCCAUUCUCACUGUCUCUUGACUCUCUCCCCAUCUUCCCGACCUUCAAUCUCUCUCGGAUCUCUCCCCCCGGCAUUUCCCAUCCUACCCACUGCGUGAAUUUUCCAUUACCUGCCUUUUUUUCUUUCGAAUUUCAGCUGGGAAAAACAAAACUGCCCAACCCAUCUUUGGAAUUUCAAACUCCGGACGAGAAAAAACCAUGAGGCGUUCCCUAGUUGUUGGGCUCUGUUUAUGGUUCUCUCUGACAUUGGUGAUUGCAGAUGCAAAUGACUCUUCUUUGGAAGGUUUAAUCUGGUCUUCUGCAAAAGAAGAUUCCGCCGCCGCUGCUGCACCUGUCGUUCACGACGCCGAUGGCUUUGAUGGCGGCUUUUCUUCCCUCGAUAGCAUGUUACAGUGGGCUAUAGGCCAUUCUGAUCCUGCAAAACUAAAGGAUACUGCACAGGAUGUGAAACAAUUGUCUCCAAGUGAGAUAAAGAAGCGUCAAGAAGAAAUUAAGGACCUGAUAGAGGAGUUGAAGCUGCCAUCAGAUGCAAAGCUGAUGCAAAUUGCGGUGGAUGACUUGAAAAAUUCCUCUCUAUCAUUGGAAGAUCGCCAUCGGGCAUUACAGGAGCUUUUGGUACUUGUUGAGCCAAUAGACAAUGCAAAUGAUUUGGACAAACUUGGCGGCCUUGCUGUACUUACUCGUGAGCUUAAUCAUGUUGAUCCUGAUGUUAGGAAAAUUGCUGCAUGGAUUCUUGGAAAAGCAAGUCAGAAUAAUCCUAUUGUUCAAAAGCAGGUAUUGGAACUUGGGGCACUAGCAAAAUUAGUGUCGAUGGUAAAAUCUGAUUUUGUAGAAGAAGCCAUCAAGGCAUUGUAUGCUAUUUCAUCGUUGGUUCAAAAUAAUUUAUCUGGCCAGAAAUUAUUCUAUGCCGAAGCUGGAGAAACUAUGCUUCAGGAUAUUUUAAGCAACUCGAGCAUGGAUAUCAGAUUGCAGAAAAAAGCUGUUUUUCUUGCAAGUGAUUUGACUGUGACACAAUUAGAAAAACCAGAUGAAGCUGAAAGGCCAUUUUUUGGAGAUCGCUUUUUCUUGAAGUCCGUGGUAAAUCUCAUCCAUUCAACAGACAUCGAUCUCCAGGAGAAGGCCCUCAUUGCUCUAAAGAACCUCCUGCUUCUGAGAACAACGAAAGCUCAAGUUUUAAAAGAAUUUUGUGGGUUGGAUGCUGCUUUGGAGAGGAUGAGGAUGAAGCUGAAGGUAUUAAUGGAAGAGGAAGAUCACCGGGAUUAUGCAAUGGAUGUGGAAGAUCUACGAAGCCAAGUGGAGCAAAUUUUCCUUGAAAAGCUGGGAAAGGUUCCAACAUGAACAGAAGUACAAUAGGAUGAUUUUAGCUGCAGCUUUGAAGUUUGUCAUAUACAAUGCUUCUCUACUAACCUAGUCUGUUUCAUCGGUUCCCCCAAUAGAAAGAGAUGCAUCCUAGCCACUACUUUUAGGAAAGUUGAAAUUUUUGUUGAGAAUGUAGUACUAGAAGAGAGUGAAGAAUUUGUGUGUGGUGUAUAGCAAUGAUAUAUUGGUAGAAUAUUGUUCUUAACUAUUUGUUAUUGAAGAAAACUAAAAAUUAUUAAGAAGUUAA